UGCACCAUCAUUGACGCCAGGGAUGGCGUAAUCCGUUGCUCGUCGUUAAAUGAAACGUGUGCCGUUCAACAUUUUGAUUUAAGGCUGCUAAGGAACAGCGUCCGCCAUGUCGGACAGCGACUCGGACAGCGGCGGCGAGGGCGGCGGCGGCCUGGACCUCACUGCGGUGCUCUUCGGCAACAUCGACAGCAGCGGCCAGCUGGAGACGGACGUGCUGGACGCCGAGGCGCGCGCCCAGCUGCGCGGCCUCUCCAAGCUCGGGCUCGGCCAGCUGCUGCAUGACGUGGUGGGCGACGCCGCCGACGACAAACGCUCCGGCGAUGAAGAGGAGGAGCCGGUGCCGGCGCCGCUGCCCACGGCCGUCGACUACUGGGACAUCACCGAGCUGGCUGAGGAGGACACGUCCUGGAACACGCAGGAGAACGGAUCCGACGACUACGACGCCGACGACGAACAACGGGACGCUCGGCUGAUGCCGCCGCCGGCGGCGCUGGGCGGCGGCACCGCCGCGGCGCCGGCGCCGCGUCGCAAGCAGCUCAACACACCGCUCGGCGCCAUGCUGCCCGAGAAAUACGCCAACGUCGAGAUCACCGAGAUCUUCCCCGACUUCAGGGAGGACAAGGUGCUGCGCUUCUCGCGUUUGUUCGGGCCCGGCCGCCAGACGAGCCUGCCGCAGCCCUGGCGCAACAUCCGCCGCAAGCGCCGCAAACGGCGCCGCGACGAGGAGGAGCCGGACGCCAGGCCGCGCGAGCUGACGCUCUGCUUCGGGCCUCCCCUGCCGCCCGAGCUGGUCGAGUCCGAUGAUGAGGAGAAGCUGCUCCGGCCCGAGGAGGUGACGGCGCAGACGCGGCCCGUCGCCGAGGACAAGCCGUCGGGUAACAGCUCGCCCAAGGCCACCGACUGGCGGUUCGGGCCGUCGCAGCUAUGGUACGACAUGCUGGACUGGCCCAGCAGCGGCGAGAGCUACAACUACGGCUUCCGAGAGGGCGACGAGCCGCGCGCCGACGCCAAGCCGGAGGUGAAGAAGGAGGCGACCACCGAGCGCGACGAGGACGCGGAGGACCCGGCCGGCCCGGUCAAGUUUGAGGAUGACGCGUACCUGAUGGUGACACAGCUCAACUGGGAAGAUGAUGUAAUCUGGAACGGCGAGGACAUCAAGCACAAGGUAAUGCAGAAGCUGACGAGCAAGACGAACGCCGCCGGCUGGCUGCCGUCCGGCUACAACCGCACGGCCGGCCAGCUCAGCCACGCCGGCAAGCCGACCGUCACGCCCGGCUUCCCCGCGCCGGCCGGCCUCAAGAUCCGCGCCUCCGCCGCGGCCGACGGCAAGAGCAGUUGGUUCUCCAUUUUCCCCGUGGAGAACGAGGAGCUGGUGUACGGCCGGUGGGAGGACGACAUCAUCUACGACCCGGAGGACAUGGGCCGCAUGCCGCGGCCGCGUAUCCUCACGCUCGACCCCAACGACGAGAACGUGAUCCUGGGCAUCCCCGAGGACGUGGACCCCACCGUCGGCAAGGGCGAGCCCGGCGAGCAGCGCAAGAUCAAGAUCCCGCACCCGCACGUGCGCAAGUCCAAGAUCCUGCUGGGCAAGGCGGGCGUCAUCACGCACCUGGACGAGGAGACGCCUCCGGCCACGCCCGAGCCCACCGACAAAGACCCGUUCAACAUCUCCAACGACGAGUACUACCUGCCCAAGACGACGGACAACUCAAUCAAGAUCGGCAGCGCCACCGGCCUGCUGCAGCACUCCAUCCCGGUGGUGGAGCUGCAGGCGCCGUUCGUGCCCACGCACAUGGGCCCGAUCAAGCUGCGCCAGUUUCACCGGCCGCCGCUCAAGAAGUUCUCCAACGGCCCGCUGGCCAGCAACCAGCCCGUGCCCGUCCAGCCGCUGCAGAAGAACAUCAAGCGCAAGGCCAAGCAACGCGAGCAGGAGCGGCUGAUGUCGGGCGGCGGGGACGUCUUCUUCAUGCGCUCGGCCGAGGACCUGACAGGCCGUGACGGCGACAUGGUGCUGGUGGAGCACUGCGAGGAGCACCCGGCCAUACUGUCACAGGUCGGCAUGUGCACCAAGAUCAAGAACUACUACAAGCGGAAGGCGGGCAAGGACCCGGGUCCGCCGGAGAUGCGGUACGGCGAGACGGCGCUGGCGCACACGUCGCCCUUCCUCGGCGUCAUGCAGCCGGGCAAGUGCGUGCAGACGGUGGAGAACAACAUGUACCGAGCGCCCAUCUACCCGCACCGGCCGCCCGACACGGACUUCAUCGUCAUCCGCACGCGCCAGGGGUACUUUAUCCGAGAGGCGGACGCACUGUUCACGGCCGGCCAGCAAUGUCCGCUGUACGAGGUGCCCGGACCCAACUCCAAGCGCGCCAACAACUUCACCAGGGACUUCCUGCAGGUGUUCAUCUACCGGCUGUUCUGGAAGUCGCACGACAACCCGCGCCGGAUCAAGAUGGAGGUGAUCAAGCGGGCGUUCCCGCACCAUUCCGAGUCCUCCAUCAGGAAGCGGCUCAAGCCCUGCGCCGACUUCAAGAGGACCGGAAUGGACAGCAACUGGUGGGUGAUUAAGCCCGAGUUCCGACUGCCGACGGAGGAGGAGAUCCGCGCCAUGGUGUCGCCCGAACAGUGCUGCGGACACUUUAGCAUGAUCGCUGCCGAGCAGCGGCUGCGAGACGCCGGCUACGGUGAGAAGUUCCUGCUGACCCAGGGAGACGACGAGGACUCCGACAUGAAGAUAGACGACGAGAUUAAGGUGGCGCCCUGGAACACGACACGGGCCUACAUCCAGGCGGCCAAGGGCAAGUGUUUGCUGCUGCUGACUGGCACCGGCGACCCCACCGGCUGCGGCGAGGGCUUCAGCUACAUCCGCGUCCCCAACAAACCAACGCAAAACAAGGAGGAGCAGGAGUCGCAGCCGAAGCGGAUCGUCACAGGCACCGACGCCGACCUGCGGCGGCUCUCGCUGGCCAACGCCAAGGCGCUGCUGAAGAACUUCGGCGUGCCCGACGAGGAGAUCAAGAAGCUCUCCCGCUGGGAGGUGAUUGACGUGGUGCGCACGCUCUCCACCGAGAAGGCCAAGGCCGGCGAGGAGGGCAUGGACCGUUUCUCCAGAGGCAACCGCUUCUCCAUCGCCGAACACCAGGAGAGGUAUAAGGAAGAGUGCCAGCGGCUGUACGAGCUGCAGAACCGCGUGCUGGCCUCGGACGAGGUGCUCUCCACGGACGAGGGCUCGUCCAGCGAGGAGGAGAACGACGACGACAUCGAGGAGCACGGCCGCAACAUCGAGAACAUGCUGUCCAACAAGAAGACGUCGACGCAGCUGAGCCUGGAGAAGGAGGAGCGCGAGCGGCGCGAGCUGCACAAGAUCAUGAUGGGCGACGCCGGCCAGGACGACACCAAGGAUGGCCUGCGUGACGGCAAGAAGGACAAGCGCAAGAAGGAGGACGGCGAGGAGGACUCGGCGGGUCGGGUGUUGAGGAUCAUGCGCACGUUCCGCAACUCGGAGGGCGGCACCUACACCCGGAUCGAGACGGUGCGGAAGCAGGCCGUCAUCGACGCUUACCUACGCAUCCGCACCACCAAGGACGAUAGCUUCAUCAAGCAGUUUGCCGGUCAGCUGGACGAGACGCAGAAGGAGGAGAUGAAGCGGGAGAAGCGGCGCAUCCAGGAGCAGCUGCGCCGCAUCAAGCGCAACCAGGAGAAGGAGCGGCUGGGCCUCAGCCAGCAGCCGCGCCAGCGCAAGCCCAAGCUGAAGCCCGACCUCAAGCUCAAGUGCGGCGCCUGCGGACAGGUGGGCCACAUGCGGACCAACAAGGCGUGCCCGCAGUACCAGGGCCCGGGCGGACCGCAGCCGCCCAUGAACGUGGCCAUGACCGAGCAGGAGGAGGAGGACGCCUGCCGACUGGACGUGCCCGACGACGAGGAGCUCAUCAACGUGGACGGCACCAAAAUCAAGCUCUCGGGCAAGGUCAUCAAGCAAGCCGAGGAGCUGAAGCGCAAGUCGCUGCUGCUGAAGGUGCCGAAGGACGCGAUGUCGGGUCGCCGGCGGCGCCGCAUGGGCCUGGACCUGCACUGCGACUACCUGCACCGGCGUCAGAAGACGGCCAACCGGCGGCGCAUCGACCCGCUCAUCACGUUCAGCACUAUCCUGGAGGGCAUCCUCAACGAGAUGCGGGACAUGCCGGACGUGCAGCCCUUCCUCUUCCCCGUCAACGCCAAGACGGUGCCGGACUACUACAAGAUCAUCCAGCGGCCGAUGGACCUGCAGACGAUCCGCGAGAACUUGCGCCAGAAGAAGUACCAGAGCCGCGAGGAGUUCCUUGCUGACGUCAGCCAGAUCGUGGAGAACUCCAAGCUCUACAACGGCGCCAAGUCGGUGCUGACGCUGACGGCGGAGAAGAUGCGCAACCACCUGAUCGACUGGUUCGCCGAGAAGGAGGACCGGCUGAUGAAGCUGGAGAAGGCCAUCAACCCGCUGCUGGACGACGACGACCAGGUGGGGCUGACCUACAUUCUGGAGCGGAUCGUCAACGAGAAGGUGAAGACGAUGCAGGAGUCGUGGCCGUUCCUGCGGCCCGUCAACAGAAAGCUGGUCAAGGACUACUACGCCGUCAUCAAGCAGCCGGUUGACAUCGAGACUAUCGAGAAGAAGGUCAAAUCGCACAAGUACCACUCGAGCCGCGAGUUCGUGGCCGACUUCGAGCUGCUGCUGGAGAACUGUGUCACCUACAACGGCAAGGAGUCGUCGUUCUCGGAGAAGGCGCAGGCACUGGUGGACGCCGUCAAGUCGACCGUCGAGAAGUACGAGGACGACCUGCGCAGUCUGGAGGCGAACAUCGCGGCGGCGCAGCAGCGCGCCCUCGAGAACGCCGACAACGACUCGCUCGGCACGGGCUCGAUCAACAUGGACGACGAGUCGCACCUGUCCGAAGGCACCGGCCGGGUCACGCCCACGGAGGACGACGACGUCGGGUCGGAGCCGCGUGCCAAGCGCAGCCGCACGCUCGAGGAGGACCUGGAGUACAGCGACGAGGAGGACCAGAUGGCCGGCCUGGAGCACGGCCAGGACGACAUGGACGCCUCGGAGGUGGGCGGCGACGAGCCGAUGCUGCUGGAGCUGCCGCAGGAGGAGGAGCACGACGACAGCGAGGACUUCGACCCCAGCUACGACCCGUCUGCCUUCCUGUACGGCCUCUCGUCGGCCCGCGAGAGCCGCAGCGCACCGCACGCGCCAGAGGGUGCCGCCAACAGCAGCCGCAUCCACAGCGAUCUCCAGAUAUCAGACAGCGAGGGCGAGGACGACGAGCGGGGCCGCGUGAAGCGGGAGCCGGCCGACGACGACGACGACGGCGGUGGCCUCUACUUCUGAGCGGCAAGCGCGGCCGGGCUGCGCCGGGCAUGCCGCGGCUCUCCGAGCGUGCCGGCCGUGGGGCGGCAGGAGGGGAAACGCGUCACCUGGUGACUGGGGGAAGCGGCCGGUGUCUCCGUCGAGUAACGCGCCAGAGCGGCUGGGCUGCGGCCGGUCGCCGUCCGCGGCCGCUGGCAGCCGCCGGCCGCGGGCAGACGGCCCGGCGGUCCGGGCAGGGUCACGUGACCGGCGGGUCUCCGCUCGGGCAGGGCGGUGACCCCGCCCCGGCCGCCGGGCACGCCCCUCACGGCAGCGGACGUCAGGAGGCCCCGGCGGCCGCCCUGGUGCUCGUCAUCAGACGCCAACAGGAUCGGCAUGACGCUCCCGGCGUUAGCGGCACACAGACGUGCAGUCGGACUCCGCGAGGCCGGCGCCGCGGUAGGCGGGCGCGCGGCGUAUUGGUACAAAGACAGGACGGCGGGCCGCUGCCGGACGAGCCCCGCGGCACGUGUGCCGGGCGGUGGCGACCCCGCCCGAGUGGUCAGUGCUGUGUUGUGUGGUGUGGUCAGCACGAACGGCGUCGUGCUGUGGGCGAUGCAUCGGCUCGACUGGACAGUGUGGCGGUGUGAUUGGCCUAGCAGGCUGGUGCGUGCUUUGUAAACUACCUGUUAAUGUAAUGACGCGCGUAAACGAACCCAUCUUGUUCGUACGGUUGCCUACUUUGGUGAGGAAGCUGUGUGCAUUCAUAUAGACGAAAUGAAAUGUUCAUUGUGUGCAGGCACACAGCAUCUUAGUAAUUGCGCUCGCGUGGCGUAGUAAGAUCAACUGUGUGGUUUGUAUAUGGUGCCACACAAAUGGUCUGCGUAGUUUGUACCGACUUCAUCACGUAGUUUGUUCACAUUGAAUAAACCAUCAUUCACCGAGG